AUGGGCAUCGGUUUUAUAGGAGCACUGGUAGCCAGCAUGUCAUGGCCUUCGCUCAACAUAUUGUUUGGAUCCAUUGUCGAUGUCUUUGUGAACUACGAGAGUGGCAAACGUGAGACAAACAAUACAAAUGCCAUGACAGCUUCAGAAUUCAUGAAUGAAAUAUAUACCCUGAGCACUAUUCAAUUCGGUGCAUGGAUUCUCAUAACUCUGGCCAACUUUAUUGUCAUGACUUUAUUUCCUUUGGCAGCUUUAAAUCAAAUCCAUACCAUUAAGAUUAAAUACUUUCAAUCUGUUCUCAAACAAGAGAUUUCAUGGUUUGAUUCAAAAUCUUCAGGAGAUUUUGCUUCCAGAGUCUCAGCAGAUCUCAAGCGUGUUGAGGACGGACUCAAUGAGAAGUUAGGUCUCGCCAUACAGACAGUCUGCGCCGUCGUUUUAAACCUCAUAUUUGCCUUCUCUUACGGAUGGAAACUAACUCUCGUUGUGUUAGCCAUCGCUCCGUUCACUGCAGUGGCCACUGGUGUCAUGAAUAAGGUUCAGGCAUCGUUUGCUCGCAAAGAGAUGGAUUCGUACGCAUCGGCCGGUAAUAUGGCCGAAGAAGUCAUAUCAUCUGUUCGUACGGUUUAUGCAUUCGGCGGAGAAGCCAAAGAAGUGGACAGAUAUGAGACUAAUUUAGUGCCGGCGAUGAGGAGUGGAAUCAAAAGGAAUUUUAUUACAGGAUUGGGAAAUGGAGUCCUCUAUUCCACCCUAUAUUUAGGGAUGGCUUUAGGAAUUUGGUUUGGAGUCAAACUUAUCAUUGAAUCAAUGGAUGAAAACUCAAAUGAGUAUACCAUUGGAAAGGUUACUAUCAUAUUUUGGUCGGUAUUAAGUGCUGGAUAUAAUAUAGGAGCUGCUGCCCCACAUUUUGAGGCGAUCAAUAUGGCGAGGGGAACGGCUGCUAUGAUUUUUGAUAUCAUAGAAAGGAAACCAAAAAUAGAUAUCUCUUCAGAAAUUGGAAAAAUACCUCAAAGUUUGACAGCAGAUAUAGAAUUCAAAGACAUUAACUUCAGUUAUCCAAUGAGACAAGAAGUACCUAUUUUAGAGACAUUUAACUUGAAAAUAAAAGCCGGAGAGACGGUAGCUCUGGUCGGGCCUUCUGGAUGUGGAAAGUCUACACUCAUUCAACUGAUUCAAAGAUUUUAUGAUCCAUUAUCUGGGAGUAUACUCAUUGACGGACAUGAUAUUAAAGAUUUAAAUCUUGGUUGGCUUAGAGAGCAGAUCGGUGUUGUGGGUCAGGAGCCAGUCCUCUUUGAUACAUCCAUUAAGGAGAAUAUUAGUUUGGGUUCACACACUGGAAAUGUGACUCAAAAAGAUAUAGAAGUAGCAGCUAUUGAGUCAAAUGCUCACGAAUUUAUCAGUAAAUUACCGGAUAAUUACUCGACAUAUGUUGGCGAUAGAGGCGCACAGCUAUCGGGCGGCCAGAAGCAGAGGAUUGCAAUCGCCAGGGCUUUGAUUAAUAGACCAAAGAUAUUAUUGUUAGACGAGGCCACCUCUGCCCUCGAUAUGCAGUCCGAGGCAUUGGUUCAGACAGCGCUGGAUAAGGCCUCAAAGGGAAGGACUACUAUAAUAGUUGCCCACAGAUUGUCUACUAUUGUCAACUCAGACCGAAUCAUAUUUAUAGAAAAUGGUCGCGUUUUAGAAAUGGGAACUCAUAGAGAAUUGAUGGAUAAAAAAGGAUUAAUUGAAAACAUAAAACAACACCAUUUGGAUGAUGUAGACCUCGAUCCCAUGUCUUAUAAGAGGACCAUAAGUGUAAUGAGCAGUUCCGCCAAUUCUGCACUCAAUAGUAUAGUUAACGAUAAUAAAGAAUCGGAAGAAGAAGAAAUUAAGGAUUUUCCUCAAACAAGACUAUUGAAAAUGCUUGCAGUCGACAAAUAUUACAUAUUUUGUGGCCUCUUUUGUUCAGUACUCUAUGGACUCGUUGUUCCCCUCUAUUCCUAUUUAUUCGGUCUAUUAGUUGCAGUGUUUGCUGAAGAGACAAAUGUGGACACCAUUUGGGAUAAAUCUAUUAGUUAUGCCCUCUAUUAUGUUGCUAUUGCUGUCGGCGUUGGCAUUGUUUCGGUCACUCAAAUAACAAUGUUAGGCAUUGCGGGGGAGAGACUGACAAUGAGGUUAAGAAAGAUGGCAUUUGCGGCUAUUUUGAGACAAGAGAUCGGA